CAUGGCUAACGUCAAGGUGGCCGUGCGAGUCCGACCGCUGAGCAAAAGAGAGAGUGCAGAAGGAGGAAGCGUGAUUGUAGAAGUUGAGGACAAAGUGGCAAAAGUCAGAAAUAUAAAGGUUGACAGUAGGCUUGAUGGCACUUGGGACUCAAGAGAAAAGAUUAUGUCCUUCAGCUUUGAUUACUGCUACUGGUCAGUUGAUCCCGAAGACCCAAAGUAUGCAUCUCAGGAAAUGGUGUUCCAGGACCUUGGCACUUCUGUGUUGUCAGGUGCAUCUAGAGGCUACAACAUCUGCCUCUUUGCAUAUGGACAGACGGGCUCAGGGAAAACUUACACAAUGAUGGGAACACCUGCAUCCGUUGGGCUGACACCUCGUAUAUGUGAGGGACUCUUUGCAAGGAAAGAUGAUUACUCAGACCACACCUCAUCUUGUAGGGUAAAGGUUAGUUUUCUUGAGAUCUAUAAUGAGCAUGUCCGGGAUUUGUUAAAACAGUCAGACCGAAAGAAACCUUACACACUUCGAGUCCGAGAACACCCUGAAACAGGACCAUAUGUUCAAGGAUUGACUCAGCAUUUAGUUACGGACUACAAGCAAGUUGUAAAACUUCUAGAAGAAGGAAUAUCUAAAAGAAUCACAGCAGCCACACAUAUUCACAAUGCCAGCAGCAGAUCCCAUGCUAUCUUCACCAUCCACUACACUCAGGCUAUACUGGAGAACAAUCUCCCCUCUGAAAUUGCGAGCAAGAUCAACUUAGUGGACCUUGCAGGGAGUGAAAGAGCUGAUCCCAGUUACUGUAAAGAUCGAAUUACUGAAGGUGGCAAUAUUAACAAAUCAUUAGUUACACUUGGAAUUGUCAUCUCCACUUUAGCACAAAAUUCGCAGAUGUUCAGCAGCUGCCAGAGCUUAAACACCAUAACAAGUGAAGGGGAGAGCAGUCGUGCAGACAGUCCUUCCACAGGCAGCAUCAGUGGAACCAGGCGGCCAGCGUACAUCCCAUACCGUGACUCUGUCCUCACCUGGCUUCUGAAGGACAGUCUAGGGGGCAACUCCAAGACCAUUAUGAUUGCCACUAUCUCUCCUGCCAGCUCCAGCUACAAUGAGACCAUGAGUACCUUGAGAUACGCUUCAAAUGCCAAAAAUAUUAUUAACAAGCCCAGAGUGAAUGAGGAUGCAAACGUAAAACUGAUCAGAGAACUGCGAGAAGAAAUCGAUAGGUUGAAAACUAUGCUGAUGAGCUUUGAACUGAGGAAUUCCAGUCCUUCUUGGAGCGAUGACAGGGAUGGAAAUCUGACUGAGCUGGUUCUUCAGAAUGAAAUGAAGAUUGAGCAAUUGACCAAAGACUGGACAAGUAAGUGGACAGACAGGAAAGCCAUCAUGGAAGAAUACAGUGUGGACAUCAACAAAGAAAAAGCUGGAGUAACAAUAGAUUCUAAUUUACCUCAUCUAAUGGCCAUGGAUGAUGAUAUCCUCAGCACAGGAGUGGUGUUGUACCAUCUCAGGGAAGGAACAACCAAAAUUGGAAGAAGUGACUCAGACCAAGAUCAAGACAUUGUUUUGCAGGGACAAUGGAUUGAAAGGGACCAUUGUAUGAUAGACAACAACUGUGGCAUUGUGACACUGCGACCAGUUCAGGGCGCACACUGCACUGUGAAUGGAUGUGAAGUCACUGGAUCAUGUCGUCUGUCACAAGGGGCCCUUAUUGUCCUUGGCAAGUCUCAUAAGUUUAGAUUCAAUCACCCAGCAGAAGCUGCUGUCUUAAGACAAAGAAGAUCAAUCAGUGAAACCACCCCUGUUCUGAGUUGUGGAGCUUUGGAGUGGCUCAGGUUGGAUGAAAGUUGCACGCAUUCUCCUCACUAUAUCCUUUCUUCUCUUGACAAUCAAAAAUGUAGAAACUUUAAAGAAAACAGAUGUUCUCCUGAACUAAGCAGAGAAAUAUAUGCUGUGCAUGAAGAGUACAAGCAGAAACUGAGAGACCAGGAAGCUUUCCACAGAAAACAAAUUCAACAGCAGCAGCUCUAUGUUGAGGAUUUAAAGCAGCAGAUCCUGAGAGGACAGAUCAAAGCAGUGCAGGAACUAGAAAAUGACCAAGCACUAAUCAACCAGCAGAUCCAAGAAAACCAGCAGUGGCUUAUAAAUGAGAAUAAACGACUGGCUGCCCUUCAGCAACAGCAGAGGGAGUGUGCGGUGCAAACAGAGCCUACGCCGUGUGCAGAGGCUGAGGUGCAGAGUACCAUUGGGCUGGAAAUCUGCCCUUCCCUGCUGCAGCAGAACAAGAAGAGACUAGUACAGCUGGAACUUCUACGAAGAUACUCCUUAAAAAAGGCAGAAAGAAACAUAAGACGGAAAAAGGUCAAAUUCCAUUUGGAAAGGAUAGUCAAGAAGCAGAAGUUAUUAGAAGCCAAGCAAAACCUAGAGCAGCUGGAAGCUAGCUGUUGGCUCCAUGAAGAGUGUGUGAAACAGUUCCAAGUCCUAAACAAAUGUACUGCUGUACUGUCCUCUUCAGAUCACCAGUUGCAAAAGAGAAGAAAGUCACUGGGUUCGGGUUCUUUGCAGCACAGGCAGUGUUUGCUCUGUAACCCACAUCUGCCUCAGGUACCCAGCUGUUUGUUGAUGACAGAGACCGUCUCUAAGUUAUCUACCUCACCGAAUAUUGAUCGAUGCUGUGAAGACAGUGCAGCAGGGAGGUUGUCAUCUGUAGAAUAUCUUUACAGAAGAGGUAAAGACACUUCUGGGAAUGAUGACCUUAAUGGUGAAAAAGGGAUCUCCUUUUCAGUCCAGAGGCAGCUAACUGAAAACCAAAAAACAUCUUCAUCUGGAAAUAAAAAAGGAGCUAAAAAAGACUCUAAUGAUUCAGCUACCAUGGCUUAUAUCAAUAAAAAUGAUAAAAAGAUUGAAAAGUUGGAUAACAACCCAGGGCAAGCUGGAUCUCAAACCCAGACCUCUAAAGUAUCCUCUCCUAAUCUUUUUAAGGAGAAAGAUGAGCCUGAAACCUUUAUUACAGGGACAAGGAUGACAAAAGCAAAGGUGCUAGGAGAUUUAAGUCAGCCUUCAAGCAGUAAUGUAGAACAAAAUAAAGCUCAGGUGUCCAAUAAAAAUACUAGAAUGGGUACCAAUGGAAAAGGCCACAGGUCUUCUCCGGAAAUCUUUCUUAAGGAAACAAAGAAAACAGUGUGUGUACCCCCCCCAUCCAUGCAUGUAAACCAAACAGCCAAGAACUGGAAGGGAGAGCCUGAUUCAGCCUUGCCAAGUCAUGAGAAAUCCUCAGUAGAAGGGCGAGAAUUUCUGAUGGUGGCAACAUCAGUAGGAAAUCUCACUAAGAUGAACACACAGGCACCACUCUCUUACGCUGAAAAGAAGUGGCAUAGUGCUGAGAUGUUAAGUGCUGGAAUGUCCAAAACAGCUACAGAUGUUCUGGGCAACUGGCAAGAGGAUGAUGAAAAUGAGAUUUCUGAUACUGACAGUUCCUAUUCUGUGGAUUCUCUCUCAUGCGCUUAUGCAAAAGCUUUUACAGAGAAACUGAAACAAGAAGAUUUUGACAGAAAUAAAUGUCUUGCCAACCCAGAAGAUUCUGAGAGCGAUGACAGUCAAAUGUCACAAGACUCUCUGGCAGAAAAGGAAAAUAAAAGCAAAAAACAAAAUAAAAGCCAAUUUCACAAAUCAAAGGCCCAUGAUAAGCCAGCUAAGCUUUUCAAAAGCAGAACUGAUCACCAUAUUUCACCUUUGGUGAUGUCAUAUGCAUCUCAUAGAAGACUGGGAAAGCCUGAAAGAAGCUUUUCUCUGGACAGUUUAGCUGAUGGAGAAGAGAUGCUACCAGAAGAUCCAGUAGAAGAAUCCAAAUCUGAUUCAUCUGAUGAAGUACCAGCAGAGAUUUUUUGGAAGUUACAAACUCCUCAAUCGCCAACUACACAGACUGAGGAAGACUGUGAGUCCGAGACCUGCAACAGAGAUACCGAAGGGACAAAUUAUGAUCUGAAGCUGAACAGUUCCUUUUAUUUGGAUAGUAAACCACAGCCCACUUCCCAUAAUGCUUGCAAGCAGUUGCUAAAGGGGACAGAAGUCUCCUUUGUAGGACAAGAUAGAAGACUGCAUUACGCAAGUGGAAAUCCUUUCCGUGCUACUGAUGCUUGGUCUUCGUGUGACUCAAAGGUUGAUAUCAGCAGCACCAGAAUAACAGCACCUUCUUCCCAUGAAGAUUUGGAAUUUCAAGAAGCUCAUCUAUGCUCUUUGAGCAAACCAGAACUCUGGCUGAAGAAAGAUGAUCUAAAGCAGUCAGCUGCUGAAGUUUUUUUUGUUUCUGGCUCGAAGCAGAUGCACAACAUUACUCACUUACCACAUCACAUAAACGAAAGAAACACAGUUUUUUCCUCUGAUACAUCAGAAGUACCUUUACCUGAAACUACAACAACUGCAAGCAGAAUUUCUGAGAGUGGCUCAUUAGGUAAGAUUCUUAAGGGAUGGACAAACUCUAAUGAAGAUUCUUCCUUGGUAUCGCAAGAUGUUCUGUCCUCUUUUGUUAGCUCAGUAGGACCAAGCUCUUCUUUUGUUCCUAUUUCUGCAAAACAUGAUUAUUAUGAACAUUCAAGUUCGAAUCAACCUGAACAAGAACAUCUGAAUGAAUUGUCUAUUUAUAGGUCUACCAGUGAAUGCACACAAACAUUCAGUUGUUUGGAAAGUGCCUCCACCGCAGACUGCUUGACACUGGUACCUAGGAAAGAAGAGAGUUCUCUCCCCAAAACUCAUCCAGAGCUGCUAAAAGAUCACAAUCUGAAAAAAACACCUCUUAUUUCUGUGUUGCCUGUGCACAUUUUGGAGCAAAGAAAUGGCUGUUUAGAGGCAAAUUUAGAAGAUAAUUUCUUCAGAACUUGUGAAAAAGAUGGUCUUGAUGAUGACUACAAUAAUUUGAUGACAAAAUCAAAUACGACAGAUUCAGGCAGUGGAAAUGCAUCUAUUGGUGCGUCUGCUGCUGCAUCCUCUACUGAACUUGCUCAUAAUAUGACCUCAACACAGACAAGUGGACUGGUUUUACAAGUCCAGUUUGGAAACCAUGAGCAGCUUUUUCCAAAAAGGGAAAUACCAACAUGUGGUGAAGGUUUCUUUCUCAAUGACUUAACAAAUGAUAACUGCUCUCUUUUAAGCAGCUACGAGUUUCAGACAUUGGCGGGACAAGGAGUGGAAUCAGGUGUGAUGGUAGAUCUCCUCAGAUCUAGGGAGAGUAAUUUGCAAACAAUGCAAGAAAAGGAUUAUGAUCAAAUAUCUGCAGAAGAAAUAGCAACAGAGACAGAUCUUUCCUCACAGGAGACAACAUAUGGAUGUAGCCCUUUAGUUGUUGCUCACAGUGUAAAUUAUGACCAAUCUGCAACACCAAUAGAGAUGUCUCAGAGGGAGAUUAUCUGUAUGGAAAUGAGCACAGAUAACUUGGCAGAGAUUGUACCAGAGGUGCCUUCAUUCAGAGAUAGUGAAGAAUACAAACCAAAGGGUGGAGACUUGUCUUCUCUGAAUCAUUAUGAAUUCAAAAGCAAACUUGUUUCAAAAGAUUAUUCCCGUGAAUGUGCUCUAGCGGACAGUCAGGCAAGUUGCCUUUCCCAACAGUUUUCUACAUUAUGCAUUGAUAACACGAGAGAGGAAAGCAGUGAAAGAAAAGAACACAAUGUCUUGAAUUCUCAGGCUGAGCUUCAGAAAGAAAAUUCAUCCAAAUGUGAAAACUUAGUGGUAAAUGAAUUAAAUUAUCUCAUAGUGAAUGUAAAUGGGGAAGACACUGAGUCCUUCCCUGCUGCUAUUUGUGGAAGUACAAAUGAUUUUCUCCCAGAAUCCAAUUCAAGCGUAUUUUACAAAGCUUCAACAGAAACUAAGCUUUUUCAAAGUGCAUCUGAGACUCAAAAUUGUGAUAAACUAUUGGAGCGUGUCACAACAGUGAACAGAGAUUGCAGUGCUGUAUCUAAUCUUACUGUGGAAGUCGGUACCAGAGAAAGCUGUUCUCACGUACAUUCUGGCUGUCUUUGCACAACAUCCUCUUCAAAAUCAACAGGGCAGAAAAACAGUACACACAAGAUGACCGACAUUUCUGUGGAAUUUGAUACAACCAUUCUCUUGGAAACAGAAACACAGAACAAAUCUGUACUUGAAUUGAAAGAAGGUAUUUUUGGAAGCUGUUGCCCAGAGGAUAUCUUGCUUAUUGAAGAUGAUGUAAACUCAGAGUCGGGAAGAGUAUUUGAAUACAAGACAAAUCCAUCAGCUACUGUUUCUCAGGAGGGGAGUCUGUAUAUAAAUAAAGAAUCCAAAUUUUUAAGAAACCCAAAAACCAACGUGGGAGAAACUAUGUUUCCUUAUCAGAAUACAAAAGCAAACACUGAUGAAGAAAUAACAAAGUUAAUCAAUAGCACUAUCAACUUAGAAAAAAAUGCACUGGAAAUUAAAUCCAGACAGAUUGAAAGUUUACCUGAUUACCCGGUAGCUAAAGUCCAAAGUGUACCUGAAGGCAGGCAUGAAGAGGAUUUCAAAGGCGUUCAUCUCGCAGAGGAUCCUAAGAAACCUAAUGAUAUUGUAGCCUGUGAAGUUCAACGUGAGUUUUGUACAGAUCUGUGCCCGACACAUGAAGAGGCAGAGGAUGAACUGCAGGUAGGCAGCACCGGAGUAGAACACACUCAGGAAUUAAAAACACUUGUGCAUUCUGGCAGCUCACUUGAAACAAGCAGCUUUUACCAAAAAGAAGAAAGCAAGAAAAUAGAAAUAGAUAUUUAUUCACCAGAGUUUUCCGUUGCUCCCCAAAACACUCCUUCAGCUCUGCAUUCUCACACAACAGAUACUAGUCAGAAUACUUCAGGCUUCCUUGAUACUUGUGAGGGGCUUUUACAGAUGAACAGAACAAUAGAAAAUGUGUUUACUGCAGAAGACGUAACUGCAAUAGUACUAAGCACAAGUAGGCAUGGAAAUAUUUUAGCAAAACCUGAAAAUGAAGGACAAGUAAAUUGUAGCAAUUCAAUUGAACACUGUUUACCAAACUGUGUGCCCCAGGAAGACAAGGUUAAUGAAGUGACUGAGAGUGAAGAACAAAUUGUGAUGCACACUGAGGGGCUGAUUACUACCAGGGAAGAAGUUAUAUGCACAGAUGAAGAAGUUUUAUUCACUGAAGAGUAUCCAGCUCUACAUCAGAUGAAUAGUGGCAGGGAUGACGAAGAAGAAAUUUUAAAUCAAUUUAAGAUCCCUGAAAAAUACCUGACAGCUUCAGAACUAGAACAGAAUACAUUGUUAGAAGAUGAUUCAGGGUACCCUGAUCCUACUGAAGUCAGUGAAGAUGGUGGCUCAGUGAACUCUGUUGAAGAUACAAGAAACGCAGUCAUGAAAGAUACAGAUUCAUAUGAAUAUUCAGUAGAUGAUAGUACCAGUAUUCACCAAUAUAGAAUAGAAGAAGAAUUUAAAAGUCUCCACAUUAAAGACGACAGCCGGACGUCUAUGAGUUGCUCUAUGCAAUAUCCUGAGCACAGCACUUCAGAAAACUUGAGUGUAAAUACUGUUAGAAAAAGAUGUGGUAUUCCUGAAUGGGAUCCAGUAGCCUCCAGAGCUAAGGAGGAGAAAGUGCAUUUGUUGAAUCUAGUAGAAAUGGCCGAAAGAGAAGAAGAAAAGCAGAUGUUUGUAGAAAACACAGAUGAGGUAGAACAGAUAAUUUUACAAAACCCGCAUGAACUAUUCUCUAAAACCAAAGACAGCUGCCAAAUGACACAUGAUGACAGCAAAUUAAAUGAAAUCUUAAGAGAAAGCCAGUGGGUGUCUACCAGCUUUUCUAGAAAUAGUGAAGACAUCAGCAAGCAACAAAAUUUACCAGCAAUGCUGAAAUCUACUGAAAAAGAACAAGAAGGUUUACUCAAAGGCUCCUCGUGUCAGUCUGUAAAUCAUCUUUUGUAUUUUGGAAGAAGUGAUGAUUCCCAGCCUGUUGAAGAUGUUCCCACUACAUUGAAAGGACACGUAAAACCAUGUAACAGCAGUGCUGGAACUGGAGCUGUUCUUCCUUACUAUGAAACAUUAAUGGAGAGUGAGAACUGUGUUGGUAAGCCUGUUACAGUCAACAAAAUGGGAGAAGACAAUCAUCCUUCUGAUAAAACACAAAGUAAGAAUGUAGCUUUUUUGCAAACCAGAACCAUAGAGGACAAACAGGAGGAAGAGUCCUUUGUAUUUAACGAUGCACCUGAUUAUGCUGUGUCUAGGCAACCUGUCAAUGAGAACAGCUCUUCCACUCCCUACAGUGCAGGUGGUCAUGAAUCUGAAACUGUUGUACUUCAGCAAGGGGCCAAAGGAAACUCAUUUUCCUUGGACAAAAUAGAUGUUUCUGAAGAUAUAAUUCAGGAUGUUAACAACGCUAAUGAAGAACACAGUGUGAAUUUAAUGGUUAAGAAACUACCAAAAGACUGCCUUAAUUCUGUAGAAGAUCCAGCUCAAGAGGAGAAGGAUACUAUUGCACCUGAUUCACUGCUCUUGGAUAAUUCAAACACACUUUCUUCUUCAGAGAAAGAAGUACUGGAAGAUACAGGAGGAGGGGAAUUGCAUUCUUUACUAGAAAUAUCUUUGCCAAAAAUGUCACACAGUAUUAAUAAAACUUGCAAAGUACUUCACUCAGGGAGUUUAUCGCAGCAUAAAGAGAAGAAGAAUCAGGGACACAGGACUUCUGAAGAGUGUUGUGUAGACCAGCCGGGCAGCACGAUUUCUGAGAAUGCUUCAACCCUUUCAGAAGGCCUGAACAAAUCUCUCUGGGAAAAUCCAUGUUAUAACAAAGAGUUUCUAAAUUAUAAUAAGAACUCAGGCACUUCUGAACGAUAUCUUGGUCUCCUGAAUUGUCCAGCAUCAUCUACAGAUGUUUUGAUUGCCAGCAAUGGAGACAAAGGUAAAAAUGAUGCUGUUCUCUCUGAAGAAACAAAAUACUUCGAAAACAAAUCAACUGAUUUAAAUGUAACUUUCCCUGAUGUUUCUCAAAAAGGAGAUGAAAGGAAAAAUAAUUCUGAAGUUGCAGAAAGCAUGCAUGCUCAGAAUAAGAAACUCCCUGAAAAAGUUAUGGUAACGGAUCAAAAGGAGAAAAUAAUUCAAGGCUCUUUCCAGAAUUGCAAUGACAUAAAAGAAAAUAAAAUUCAGGAGUACUCAGAAUGCUUCAGUAACGCUUCUGGUGUGACUAUACCAGAAUCAGGCUUGCUUACUUUUCAGAGCCAAGGACAGACUGGCAGUAAAAAAUCAGAGCCUCUUCCAUCCUACUUUGCAGAAGAUACUGCAACUGAUACACCAUUGCAAAGCUCCAAGAACUUCAGUGCUUUUGAUGUUUUUUGUUCACUUGAUAGCUCAAAUUCUCCAAUAGUUAGUCAGCUUGAGGGCUCUCUGCGAGACAGUUUUUUGACUGAACAAGUGUCCUCCAGUUAUACGGAUGUGUGCUCUGUAAAAGAAGCUUUUCCCCAAGCAUCUGCAAGUGUUGAUCACCCCUCCUUAACACUAUCUUCAGAAUCUUCUUUAACUGCAGAUAGAGGCCGUGGAGAAACUGGCACAUAUGAUAUUUCACCUACAAGUAUGUUGAAACAUUCCCCAUUUGCUAUUUUGCAAAUACAAGACACUCAGUCUGAUAAGGCUGUGGUAUUUGAUGAGCCAAUACAUGCUUCGGGAAGUAUUUUACUUUCUCUUGCCAAAGAAAACAGGCAUUGUCCAGUGUCAGACACAGAGGCUACUUCAUACAAAAGUUCUGCUGUAGAUGGGGAACCUGUAUAUGGAAGUAAUUGUAAAAAAUUCAACAGUGAUAUAAAAGUUGAUCAGCAUCACUGGGAUAAAGUCCCACCCCAAGGAGCUUGUGCAGAACACAUCGAAAAAGUACUAAAUGAUAAUUCUCUUUUAUUACCAUCCCUACCUUUGGAGGAUACUGGAACGGCAAUUCGUGUUAAAGAGAGACAAAUGAGAAAAAUGCCUAACAGAAAUGAGGAAGAACUGCGUUCAAAUACUGGGGCUGAACAUCUUGCAGUAGUAAACACAGAGCAGAGAAAUAUAUUAAGUAGGGAACCUGUUGAGAAGCAAACUAGUGUAUUCGCAAAUUCUACAAAUGAAUUAAUAGGCCCAGAAGUUACAGUGUUCGAGAGUCUGUGUGCAGGGGAUGUUGAUGUGGAUCUGGAACACACCUGCAAUUCACUUGGUCCAACAUAUCCCACAUACAGCAGACACACUGAUCCCAGACAACUGUAUAACACUGUGUUGGGUUUUGAAAAAAAUCCUGCAGAUCUGCAAGAUGCUUGUCAGUAUGUGCCUGCAGGUGAACAGAUAGAACCGGUGCCAGAUAGAACAAAUACAGAUGGUAGAACAGGGAUUUUGCUUUGCAAACAUACUAAAGGUUCAAGUGUUGAUAACGUUGAUGAUGGCACUGAUGCAGACAAUUGUUCACCAAUGGGAGAUGCUGUAAUAAUGAAUAAGACUCCAAAAUCAGAAAGACUAAAGGUUUCUGUAAUGAAUAAUGAAAGUACUUCCAUAAUGUUUUUACCUGAAAACCAUGAUUUGCCUCCUCAAGAAUCCAAACUGGUGCAAUUCAGGAGCAAAAGGUUUUAUUCUACCACACGCAAUACAAAGAGCUAUAAAAAAAGUGAACAGAGACCUUAUUUACAAAGUCACAGACUAUCAGCCCCAGCUAUUGCUGUAUUCUCUGAUCUAGAACGUACUUCAGAAUCUUCAUCUAAGGCAGAUCCUUUGUUAUAUUCUGCAUCUAAAUCACUACAAGAUUUAAACAUGAGUGUAGAACCUCCAUCACCAACGGAUGAUGAUCUUCAUGGAACUGAAAGAUUUUCAAAGCAGGAAUCAAAGAACUUUCUACAGGUUAAAUCUAAACCCAGAUUUCAGCAAAGAAUUGCACAAACUAGGAAGGUUGCAAACUGUGAUCCAAAAAAUUCACAAAAUAUUGCAGCAAGAACACAAAGCAGCGAGUCUUUAAAAGACUGCAUUACUCAUUCUCCAUCAUCCUUACUGCACACAGCUCAAAGAUCGGUGGGUGUAGAAACAAACAUCCAUUCAAAGAGUAGUUCUGUAGCUCAGUGUAGUGAAGGGAAAGUUGAAGAAGCUGGAUACCAGACAGAAACAGAUUUAUUUUUGCAAGACAAUAAAGAUGCAAUGCAUUUUAGUUCAAGUGAUAUCAACCCAUAUAUUCAUUCAUGGCAACAAGAUGAAUCAUGCAAGCUUGGCUGGAAGCAGUAUGUUUUUGGAAGUGCAAGCGAUGUCUCUUGUAAUCAAAUUCCUUUAAACCUGGAAAAUCAUAAAGUGAUGAGAUGUUCCAGUGUAGACAAUGGACUGAAUUCACAAAAUUCUCCUUUUCAUUCUCAUCUCAGUUCGUAUGCUACAGCAAAAGUUUUAUCAAGCACUUUAAGCAGCAUUGAAGGUCUUCAAGGAUGGGACAAUGUAAAACAAAACAUUCAAUCUGCAUACUCAAGUGACAGCACCAAGCAAUAUAGCAACGUAUCCAGUGAAACACUGGAAACUAAUCCUGAAAACAACACUGCUGAAUUUGAGAAUCCUUCUGCACAACCUGGUAACUCUUCAGUGCAGGUUGAUGAAAUUGUACUAUUAUAUCCUUCUGAGUCUGAAAGGUCUUCCAAAAAACUACCAGGGAUUACAUGUGAUCAGGGAACACAAACAGCAACUACAGGAAGGUAUAAAAGACAAAGACAUCAGAGAAGUUAUACCGAUGUUUCUGCAAGAAAGCAGGAAACAAACAGAGAUUUAUUUCAGCAAUCUUCUUCUUGGACAAGCAUGCAGAAUCUGUCCAUGCAUCUGUCACAGCUUCUACAGAACACUUCUGAGCUAUUGGGAAACCUCUCUCAAAAGAGUAUUAUAGAUAACGAGCAGCGUGCCACAAUCAACCACAGAGGAGCUGAAAAGGGUGUAAAGGGUACUAGAUCAGAUAGCUGCACUCAGACUACAGCAGAUGUAGGCACUCAAACUGAGAUUUUGGAAGAAUCUCGAAGCAAACAUGAAGAAAAACAAGUGGAGGCAAAAAUGGAAAAUGAAUUGAGGGCAGCUCAGGCAGUAAAUGUGGAUUGGAAAGGAAUAGGUGCAGAUACAGUAGGUAAGAUUCCAAAAACGAAAGAGAAAACACUCUCUCUUGAAGAAAGAACACAAGAACAAACAGGGAUGAGAAAUCUGGGCAAUCCUGACUUCCAUGACAGUCUUGACAGCAUUUUGGAAGACUCCUUUAUGCAUUUGCCUCUCUUACCCAGAGGCUCUGCUCCUAUCUCGGAUCUUCAAAAAACAUCAUUAAAUACACAGCAUAAUGUUGCUUUUGCGAGUACCAGAGUUUCAUCUGUCACAUCAUCUUCGCUGAGUUCAGGGCAAGAUGGUUCUUCAUGCACUGUAGUUAGCAGCCCUACUAACAGCACCUCUCAAUCUUCACAAUCUUCUGCUCAGGAUCAAAGAAGUGUCAAUGAACUAGAAGUUCCAGCAGAAAGAAAAUUUUAUUACAAAAACACCUUGCUAGUUGAUAGGGCCUCUUCCCCUAUUCUUACGCUUAGUGCUAGUCCCAGCAGCCAGGCUGCUUUCAGCAAGUCUGUCAGCCCUAUUAAGGAACCUCUUGGAUAUUCAAGGGAUGCUUUAAGUUCCCUUCACAAGCAGAGAAAGCUGAGGGCAGGGCCACAGUCCAGCAGGCAACCUCAUGUGGACAGUUUUUCACAGACAGAAACAGACAGUGAAAUGAGCACUUCUAGAGAUCAUAAGGACGUAAGAAAGAAAUCUGGAAGUUUCUCAGAUAAGAAAGCAGCCAAAGAGCUUGUAGGACAGGAUGGUUCAAAAGACUUGGAAGAACAGCAUAGACUCACGGUUGACACCCACACUACCAUCUGUGCAAAACGACUCUAUCACUCAAGUAGUAUGUUGGAGAUGUCAGGCCACAGGGAAUGUUUAACAGAUGAUCUCAGAGACUGCAGUCCACUGGCACAUUCACUUAAUUCUAUGUAUGUUACGAGGGGAGAAAGAAGUUCUUCAGCUGGAAUUGGACACAAAAAAUACGUUGGUAAUUCUACUUUGAUUCAUAACUACUCACCACCAAAUGCUGACUUGCUUUUUAAUCAAAAACUUAAUGUCAUUUGUUCAAGUAAGACAAAUUCUGGCGUGUCUUUAGAACCUCUGGUAGGAGCAUCUUCUCUACAAUUCCACGAUUUCUUCUGGAAAAAUGAAGACAGCUGCCCUGACCCCCUCUCUGAUACGAGCGGUGUGCAGGCUUCCUUCCAAGACAACAAUACAGAUUCUGUAACUGAAAGUGAAUGCGACACAGAAAUUCCUCUCAACAAAAGUACUACCUUUGCAAAGCCGUACCGGCCCCGGAGCUACAGUCUCCGUGACUUACCUAUACACAACAAAUUUAGCAACUGGUGUGGUGUUCAGGGCAGCCCUUCUCCUUCGUUACUCAGCUUGAGUGGCAGCGUGACUGACUUAAGGAGUCAGGCAGAAAAGAAACAUAGAAGCACACAAGCGACAGAAAUGGAAGGGAAAUCCCAGCUUUGUGACAGCAGGAGCAGAGAGAUAGAGAGGCUUCAGAGAGAACGUGCUCAGAUCAUGUCGGGCAUUCACCUGGAUCUGCAUCAGCAUCCCCUUACUGUGGAACUGACCGAAGCGAAGCUCAAUUAUGGCAUUGGGGAAACAGAUGCCUUGCUGAGGGCCCUUCAGAGCGGAACAGCAGAUGACCCAGUAGCGAUUCCAGUGAAGCAGCAACUUUAUGAAAGACACCUGAGGACUAUUGAAACUCUGAGGAAAGAAAGAGAAAAAAGGCUGCAAAGAUACCAAAGAAGCCGAAGUCUAAGUCCUCAAAAGCAUUUGAGUCUGUUGCAGACGCUGGAUACAAGUCAGAGGGAUCUUGAUCUCCCCAGCAGACGCCGAGAAUAUCUGCAACAGCUGAGAAGAGAUGUGGUGGAAAAUACCAGGGUUCGGGAACCAAAAAGAAGAAGCAUUCAGCAUCCUUCUGACAUUGAACUGUUGCUCCGAGAUUAUCAGAGGGCACGAGAGGAAACCAAAUCUGAAAUUGCACGAGCUAGGGACAAACUUCGGGAGAGAGCUGAACAAGAAAAAAGGCGUAUACGGGAGCAAAUAUUUUCUCAGUUACAGAAGGAAGAAGCCAGGCUGAAGACUCUUGCGAGUACAAGCACUUUGUGCACAGACUCCAGCCUCAGCCUCUCCUCUGGCCCAACAUCUGGUUACAACAGCGGUAACACUGCUACCUACACUGCGAGUAACCUCAGCAGCCAGGAAGGAGAGGUUUCUUCUGGAAAAGCUUUGCUUUCAAGAGAUACACGAGGUCGUUCAGCUGUUAGAAACAGUCAGCUUUAUGUAUUGGAGCAACUACAGAAGGAUUCAACAUUUGAAGCCAGCAGAAUUCAGCCACCCCUUCCUUCUACUAGCAUCAGCUGUAGCUUCACUCAUGGAUUAACUGUUUCAGUCAGCUCCUCUUCAACAGAAAGAUACCAAGAUUUAUCCAAACAUAUCUUGGCUAAUGCUACCACUGAGGUAAUGGAAGCAUGCUCUCAUAACCUGAGGAAUCUCUACGCAUGCCAAGCAGCAGGUGGUUGGAAGUAUCAAUGUACAGAGAAAGAGGUGCUGGUUUACUAUAAAGUCUUCCCUUCAGCAACAAGGCAUGGGUUUCUGGGAGCAGGAGUCAUAGAAAGACCUCUUCCCUCCGUAUGGGGAUUAGUGAGAGACCCUGGCAAAAGGCAUCUGUACGACAGAACUAUCAACACAGCUCGAAUACACAAGAAGGUAACCAGCCAUAUUCAGCUGGUAUAUUUAGUGACAGACGCUUCCCUCUGUUACCUAAAGCAACCCCGGGAUUUCUGCUGCAUUACCGUAGAAGCCAAAGAGGAGAACUUGUCAGUCUUGGCCGUUCAGUCUGUCUAUGAUGCAUCCAUGCCUCACCCUAGCAAAGAAGUGGUCAGAGGGGAGAUUUUGCCAAGUGCUUGGAUACUGGAACCUGAUGUAGUGGAUGGAAGAGAUAUCACCAGAGUUAUUUACAUGGCACAGGUGGAUCUUGGGGCCCCAGCUAUCCCUGCAAGGCUCCUGAAUUCUAUUGCCAAGAGACAGCCUUUGGUGAUUGCUCGACUAGCACAUUUCCUUUCUAGUUAGUGUUCAGUCCAAAACUGGACAGCUAAGAGCAGCUGAAAAGUUCAAAGAGACACGAGCAUCCGUAAGGUAAUGUAUGCUGGCUCAUGAAACAGUCACAGUCAAGCCUUGCUUAAGGAACCUAAUUGCUAACGCUGGAUGAUACAAAAAUACAGUUAGAAAAAAGGGAUCAUUUUAGUGAACACUGCUCAGAACAAACCCAGUGACUUUCAUGGGGAACCUGUCCUCCUGGAGACACCUGUGGAAACUCUCCAUGGAACAGCAGGAAGGCACGCUCUCUCUAUAAAGAGCAGAGGAAGAGACUUUGCUUUUCCAUAGCUAGCAUCUUACAGGCAGAAAUGUAAUAUUGCAUUCUGUUUCCAAGAUGCUUCAAAGAUCUGCAGCCUUUCUUUAAGAAAGGUUAGGCAGCACUGAGAAAAAGGCAAUGGAAGCCAUGAAAUGCACUACAAACUGGAAACAGUACAGGUAUGGCUUGAGACCUUUUACAAGCUCUUGAGUAGAGCUGCAAAGCCACUUUCUAAUACUGAGAUAAUUAUCCAAUGGGAAAUUCCUAACCGUGCAGAUCUACUCAGCUAGCCAACAAAUAAUUUACUUCCCCUUGAAGGGAAGUUAAAACAGCAUGAUAGCCACUACUCAUCCUACACCCUGGACAGAUUUUUCUCAUGUAAUUGGCUGACUACUUGCAGCCAGUAGAAGGUAUUUUGGAUUGCCACUACACUGGGCAGCAUCAGUGGAAAACACCACACCUCAGGACACAGUUUUACUGCACUGCAGAAUUAGGUGCUUUGAAAUAAAGAAACCAAACUCACAGUUGUAUACAGUGAUGCUUUGUUAGUACUGGCUUUUAAGCUUGUUUCUAGAAUUUAAAUCCUGCAAAUAAG